AUGAGUGACGUGGUAAACAAGAGAGCGGCAACGUCCAGCACGCAGACCAAUAAGAGACAGGAACUCAGCUCGGCGCUGACAAAACCUGGAAGGAAACCAGUGCAGACGGAACCCAAGGACAAAAGAACUGCCCAGAAUAGAGCUGCUCAACGGGCUUUCCGUGAGCGGAAAGAGAAGAAGAUGAAAGAAUUAGAAACCAAGGUUGAAGAGCUAGAGAGACAAAAAUCUCAGCUGAAUACUGAAAGCGAAUUUCUGCGAUCCCAGGUGGAAACAUUAAUUCAUGAACUCUCAAAAUAUAGGGGAGAAACAGAUGUACUAAGCCUACUGCCGACAAGUAUACCGCAGGAGAGUAAAAAAAUGGUGAGAACUCCUAGUAGCAAUACAACAAACUCCAGUUCUGUCGGGGUUACUCCGUCUUCUUCCACUCUGCGUUCGUCAUCUAGUAGUGGAGUAUAUGAAUUUCCCUGGAAGCUUUCUAAUAGUCAAAAUCCAAGUGGAAGCAACAGCCCAUUGGAUCUCACUAAGGCAGGCCAACUACCGUCACCAACUUCUAUCAAUCAGAAUCCUGGGUUGACGGCCGAAUCGGUGAAGAGCUCCUCGGUUUCAAGUGAGUCACCAAACUCCAAUAUAGAAGAUUUUUUGAAUAGCAGGAAUAGCAAUUUUGACAACCGAUUUGAUGAGUCUGUGGAUGGCUUUUGUUCCAACUUAGGCCAAGCUUGCGGUAACAAAGACAUUCCUCUUCCAAAAGAGACUUCAUCCAUAAGGAACCCUGGCGUGAUAGAUAGUUUGUCGAAUUUCAACUCGAAUUCCGAUAUACAAACUCUUUUCUCUCCCAACUCCUUACAAAAUGACCCGCUGGCCGAGUUUGACCCUACCCCUAUUGACCAAAAUCUUGUGUUUGGGUUAAACGCUCCUGAGACGAAUUUGGAUGGUCUUUUUGGUGACUUUAAUAAAUACCACACGGAUCCCCUUGCGUCUCUUGUCACUGAAGAAUCUAUCUUUGACCCAUUGAGAGCGACAUCCAACUCUGUAUCCCAUUCAAAGCCGAACCCUAUCACAACUACGAGUUUGCAUAAUUUGGAAGCCAAGCACAAGGUACCAGAGGCUGACGAAGAUUGCAACGAUAAUUUGGACAACAUGGUGGUACCUAACAGAGAAGGCUCUCUACUCAAGUGUUCAGAGAUAUGGGAGAGAAUUACGACUCACCCCAGAUAUUCGGAAAUCGACAUUGAUGGGCUCUGUAUGGAACUGAAACACAAAGCCAAAUGUAGUGAAAGUGGUGUUGUGGUAGAUGAUGCUGAUGUUGAUUCACUUUUACAGAGGGCUGCUCUCAAGUAUCCCAUAAAGACUGAGCCAGAUGUUGUCGAUUUUUCCAUGUUUAAAUAG